CUGAAUCCGGGCGGGGAGGGGCGUGCGGAGGGACGCGCAGUGUCGCGGGCCAGCGCCCGGCUCCUCCCGCGCCGUUUCCACCCAGCCUCGGGCUGGGGGCGGCCUCCGGGGUCCCCCGAGCCCCCCGCCCCUCGCGCUCUCAGUCCCGAACUUUCCCCACCCUCGCACAGCUCCCCGGGAAAAAGGGGCUCGGGUCGUGCGUGGGGAGGGGCUGCAGGCCGGGGCUGAGCUGGAAGCGGGGACGUGAGAUCUGGAGAGGCGGGGAGGCGGCCAGGCAGGGAGCUGGGCUGAUGCAGACGGGCCUCUGGGGAUGGAGAAUGGCCUGGUUGGCGGCACAGGGGAGUUGCCCCGAAGGCCCCAGAGCAGCCCCCGCCCCCAGGACAGUCACUACGGUGGACCUAAGCAGAUGGGCUGGUGAUGAAGAUCAAGCAGGAGACGCCCGAGUGGCUGCUGCAGACGCAGGCCGAGCUUUCGCAGAAGGAUAAGGAGAACAUUUUCCGGCGCCGUCGGGUGCCCGCGCCAUGCCAGACGGCGGCGAGGAAGCCUCGAGCCUGGGGGCGCCCGGACGAGACAGGGGGUCCAAGAUGGGCCCCUCCCCCUGAGCAGGACGUGGGGCCGGCAGGCCAGGCUCCGGGGGCGGCUCCCGGCCCCCGGAGCCCGGCUCUUCCUGCCGGCGAGGGUCACUUUGUGUGCCCGGACUGCGGUAAGAGGUUCAGCUGGUGGUCGUCGCUGAAGAUCCACCAGCGCACGCACACGGGCGAGAAGCCGUACCCGUGCGGCAAGUGUGGCAAGAGCUUCAGCCAGAAGCCCAACCUGGCGCGCCACCAAAGGCACCACACGGGCGAGCGGCCUUUCUGCUGCCCCGAGUGCGCCCGGCGCUUCAGCCAGAAGCAGCACCUGCUCAAGCACCAGAAGACCCACUCCCGGCCCGCCACCCACCCGUGCCCUGAGUGCGCUCGCUGCUUCCGCCACCAGGUGGGCCUCCGCAUCCACCAGCGUGCGCACGCGCGGGACCGCCAGGGUGCCCGCGCCGGGCUGCCGGCACUGCGGCGGAACGCCGCGGCACCCCGGAGCCGGCGCCCGCGGCCGGGGCCCCAGCGGGGCCGCCCCGAGUGGGCCUGGCUGGGGCUCGGCCAGGGCUGGUGGCGCCCUCCCGGGGCCCGGCCCGCCGCCCCCGGCGAGCCGCGCCAGUUCAUCUGCAACGAGUGCGGCAAGAGCUUCACGUGGUGGUCGUCGCUGAACAUCCACCAGCGCAUCCACACGGGCGAGCGGCCCUACCCCUGCCCCGAGUGCGGCCGCCGCUUCAGCCAGAAGCCCAACCUGACCCGCCACCUGCGCAACCACACGGGCGAGCGGCCGCACCCCUGCGCGCACUGCGGCCGCCGCUUCCGCCAGAAGCAGCACCUGCUGAAGCACCAGCGCACGCACCAGCCUGGCGCCCGGGCCGCGCCCCGCCCCGGCCGCGCCGCACUGCGAGCCCACCCGCGCGCGCGCUCCGCGGCGGCUGCCGUCCCGCCACCCGCCCAGGCCGUACCUGGCCUGUCACCGCCGCCCCGGGGCCCCUCGCCCGCCCGGGGACCCGGGGACCUGCCGUGGGGCCGGGCGCGGCCCGGGGCGCCGGGCGAGCCGCGCCAGUUCAUCUGCAACGAGUGCGGCAAGAGCUUCUCGUGGUGGUCGGCGCUCACCAUCCACCAGCGCAUCCACACUGGCGAGCGGCCCUACCCCUGCCCCGAGUGCGGCCGUCGCUUCAGCCAGAAGCCCAACCUGACGCGCCACCGGCGCAACCACACGGGCGAGCGGCCCUACUUGUGCGCCUCCUGCGGCCGCGGCUUCAGCCAGAAGCAGCACCUCCUCAAGCACCAGCGCGUUCACCUGGGGGCUCUGGCGCCCACCAUCAGCGCCAGGGGAGACGCGCUCUAGUGCGGCUGGACCCACGCAGGCCCGUGGGCGGGGUGGGAGGAGGCUUGCCUGGUGCGUGUGGGCGAGUAACCAGGAAUGAUGGCGCUUAGAACUGCAGGGGCUGAGACCCUCUCCAAAGGUGCCUUCCUCAAGGCUCCGAGACCUGACUACAGAUCCCAGGAGCCUCCCAAAAGGGGAAAGGGAAAAGCCCGGGGAAGGGCCGAAGGCAGAAAUAUCACAUCCCGCACUGUGGAGCCUGGACGUGUCCUUCCUUGGAGGUGACCCCAGCUCUCAAGCAUUGCAUGAGGGAGCUGUUGGAGGCCCUGGGUGAGAUGGCCCAGAUCUGGGCUGGUCAGCUGUGGCCGUCCAGGGUCCAUCCCUUGGGGGGGGCGGGGGGGGGGGCGGUGAGUCUCAACAGACUGAGAGAUACCCAGAUGGGAGCUAGAAGCUGCAGCUGGGGAGGGGCGAGCAUGUCCCCAGUGUGAGGCCAGUGCCCAGCACUUAAUGGCCACUCAUGUGUUAGGAAGGCGUGAACGGCUUGAUGACCCUCAACCCCGAGUGCCCCACUGCCCUGGGUGCUAUCGUGGGCGGCCUGACCCUAGGACUGCGGUGUGUGUGUGUGACGGUCACGGCUGGGACUCGGAGGGUGGUCUCACUGGGGUUUGGUUCCUUGAGGAGGGCCCUGCAGAGGGAGGGUGCCCAGCGUGCUGCUCCUGCUUGGUGGGAGCUGCCUGGGACCCUUAUUGAUGCCGAUGUCGCAGAAGAGAGAAAUGAAGGACUGACUGCCUCA